CAAAUGCUAAAACACAAACGCCAAACCUCUAAACCAAAUGACCAGUUGUCUAAACACAUUUACUAAAUCGAGCCAUCAUUUACCAAUAUCAUAAACACAUGUCACAUGAAGACACAAUUCACAGAACACAAUCCUCCGUUGUCAUAAAUCUAACCACAUCUGUCCUUGCUAAAACACAAGUUGCAAAAGAACUCUGCUCAUAUUCUCAAAUGAAAGCUCAUGUGAUGCAACAUGCUUGCCGCAGUCAGCAAUAUUUGAACACAAUGAACACACCUGGCGUCAUUCAUUACACACAACGACUCAAAAUUGAAGACACUUGUUGCUAAUGCUGUGACCACGGCAAGUUCAGAGUGCACAGUUUGCUGAAGAUUCCAAACAAACACAAUGGAUGAAGGCAGAGUCAGGGGAAGAGGAAUUCGAUGCAGAGGAGGGAGAAGAGCUGGCCCUGGAAGAAGAGGAGCAGGCCAACGAGGAAGAGGAGUUCAAAUGAGAGGAGGAAGAGGAGCAGGUCAACGAGGAAGAGGAGGAGGCCAACAUGGGAGAGGAGAAGGUCCAGGAGGGAGAGCAAGACAACCUCGCACCAUCAUUACGGACGAGAUGCGAGCAACAGUCAUUGACAAUGGCAUGACAAUGGCUGAAGCAGGACUAAGAGUCCGUCCAAACCUGAGUAGGUUCACCGUGGCCACCAUUAUCAGGGCAUUCAGACAACACAACAGGUAUUGGACUCUAUUGCUUUCUUUGCCACAAUACAGUUUGACAAACCUGUGAAAGUAGUCUAUUGGUUUCAAAUCAGUUGUGACUGUAUUGUAACACAUGUUGAAAGUUGAAAGAAUGCCACAUAGAGGUGGGAGGGUUGCCUUAUUUACAGCGGCACAGGAAACCCUCAUUGUGGAUGUGGUUCGUGGGAACAACCUCAUCAGACUCCGGGAGAUCAGAGACAAAGUCAUUGCCGAUAAUGUCAACUUUGAGAGCAUUGACGAUGUCAGCUUGGCCACAAUAGACCGAGUUCUCCGGCGCCAAAAGACGCGGAUGAAACAGGUCUAUAGGGUUCCCUUUGAGCGCAACUCUGCGCGACACAAAGACCUACGUUACGAGUUUGUGCAAAGGAUAUUACAGUUGGACGCGAUGGCCAGACCUCAUGAGUACCUCUUCCUGGAUGAGGCUUCAACCUGCAGAAACGAAGGCAAAGAGGCCGUAACAUCAUUGGCCAAAGAGCCAUCACUGAGGUCUGGCCAACGGGGGGGUAAUAUUACUCUUUGUGCGGCCAUGGGUUCGGAGGGGCUUGUCCACCGGCAUGCUGUCCUUGGGUCUUACAACACCCAACUUCUCCUCACCUUCCUAGAGGAGCUAAAAGACAUCCUCCUGGACCACCAACAACACCACCCUGGGCCCGCACAUCACCUUUAUGUGAUCAUUUGGGACAAUGUCCGCUUCCACAGAACAAACCAAAUCAGAGAGUGGUUCACCACCAACAGUGACCACUUUUUAAACGUCUGUCUGCCACCCUACUCCCCUUUCCUGAACCCUAUAGAGGAGUUCUUCUCAUCGUGGAGAUGGAAGGUUUAUGACAGACAAUCAUACACAAGAGAGAACCUCCUAAGGGCAAUGGAGCUGGCCUGUGUUGACAUCCCAGCGGAGGCCUUCCAAGGAUGGAUUCGCCAUUCCAGGGUGUUUUUCCCGCGGUGCCUGGCGAGAGACAAUAUAGCCUGUGAUGUGGAUGAGGUGAUGUGGCCCGAUGCAGCUCAGCGACAUGAUGCUGCACAGUGAUUGUGGUGUGUGUGUGGUGUGAAUAAAGGAAAUAAAAAAACUUCACACCCUGA